UGGCACUGAUCUUCAGUAGCUUGGCUGGACUCAGAUCUCACCAUGCACAUCAAACUUAACAUUGUGCUUCUGCUGCUUGUGCUGACUCUAGAUGGGCAAGGUCACACAGCAUCAAUCUACGGAGGCCAUGAGGCUGUGCCACAUAGCAGGCCCUACAUGGUCCUUCUGGAGUAUUCGUGCGCCUACACACAAAAACACUGUGAUGGCUUUCUUCUGGAUGAGGACUUUGUGAUGACUGCUGCUCACUGCAAAGCCGAAAACUAUAAAGUCUUUCUGGGACUUCAUAAUUACCACAGCGAAGAUAAGCACUUCGUAUCUGUGGAUGAAGUAUUUCCACAUGAAAACUUCUUCAUUGAUGACCAGGAAAUAAGGAAUGACAUUAUGCUACUUAAGUUGAGUUCAAAAGCAGUUUUCAGCGACAAAGUGAAACCCAUUAAGCUUGCAGGCCCAGAUGAUCACAUUCGGCCACAGGAUUGCCUGGUUUCUGGCUGGGGAAGAUCAAACCGGUCAAAUAACCACUCAUCUCCCAAACUCAUGGAGGUCAAUGUAACACUCGUUGAUGGUCAGUACUGUGACAUAACAGACGUGUACUGUACUCAAGGAGAAACCGGGCCUGCUAGAGGAGACUCUGGAGGGCCACUGGUCUGUGAAAAUGGCACCGCUUAUGGCAUCGUGUCUGCCAGCUACGGGUCACUCCAUGUUUUCACCAAGAUUUCUAAAUAUACAUCCUGGAUCGAAAACAUCAUCUCCUCCGCAAGGAAAAUUAAACGCAAAUAAAAGACAUAUUGACAGUUGUUUGUCCAACUCACAGCAUAUAAUUAUUCUUCAUAAAAAAAUGAACAUGUAAGCUUGUUUUUGGAGGUGAAAAACUGAAUCUCUGCACUUUGACCCCUUUCAUACAGUUGCAGCUGCAGCCCCCUCUGUGCUGAUUCAAAAGAAAAAAAAAAUCAUUAAGGAAUUAUUAUAAGGAAUUAUGUAUAUCUUUUUCGCCAAGAGAAUGCUCAGGAGGAAAUC